UCCACUCCGGUUGUCGUUGAAGCAGCCAGUAACUGGUCUGGAAGAGCUUGGUGGGCGAGCCGAGACUUCCAUGCCAUGAUUGGCACAGUCAUGGCAAGUCGCAUUGAUUCCCCAUCCAAUUUUGCCAACCUCAUUGCAAAACUCUUGGUGAUGAGCUUAUUAUAUCAAACCAUUUGCAUGGAUAAAAUGUUGGGCUUCCGUGGUCUUCCUGAUCGUGAUGAAAAGUUGUCAGAAGAUAAUGAGAUUUUGAAAACUGUUAUGACUGUUCAAAGUCAAAAAUGCUCUGCUGAAUUAAAAUUUAAAAAACAUGUGAAAGAUUUGCUUUUGAAGAGAGAUAUCUUUAUUCGAAAUCGCAUAUUGAGAGCUGAACUUGUUAUUGGUGAAAAGAAGAAGGAGGUGGAAACCGUGCGUGAACUAUUAAAGGAGUGCAUUCGCAAAGAUAAUUUGAGAAAAGCUAAGAGAAAACAGGCUCUAAUGGAAACUUUUAUUGGAGAAAUGGCCAGACUGGAAGACCUAAGAGAGCAUAAAUUGCAUGAAGAUAUCUUCGAAAACGUCAUUUUAGCUAUCCUUGACUUUUCACUUAGUAUAAUAAAUUAUCGGAACUUCGCUAAAUACUUGUUUCCCAAAUGGAUUAUACGUCUUCUAAAGCACCUUUUUAUAAAUGAAAAGCAAUUAAAUUUAGGCUGUGAAUAUCUGAAGGAAAUCAUGUAUAAUGACUAUAACAAUUUGAGAGGAGAAUGGACUGAAGAUGCUCUUGGAAAUGCGGAUGAACCAGAAGAGGAGAAAUGCAGUGCGCCUUUCAGUAUUCAAAGGGGAAGUAAAAUCGAUCUCAAUGAAGUCAUUAAAGCAAUUGAUGUAUCGAAAUUCUUGAGAUAUCACAGUGGAAUCUUUAAUUCAACUCCCAUUCAAGUACCAUCUGCUGCCAUUUGUGACCGAUUGAAUUAUGAAUAUAUAUUGGAGUUCGCCCCUGAACCCCGAGUUCGUGAAAGCACGUCCUGCACGAAGGCCCUGCACGAAGGCCCCGCACUUGCAUUAUGA